CUUUACGGCAUUUCGAGUUUAAAUAUGUAAACUCGGUUUCACAGGUUUUCUAACGCCACUCUGUUCAAACAGUAGAUCACCCGAACAAGGAUACCCAGGGACGAAAACAUCGAAGUCUGCUUCUGACAGCAAAUGGUCAAAUAAGCCAACAGCUUCAGCAGCAGCACCAGCUCUUCACACCAGGUCUUCCAUGAACUGCUGUUAAGUGUGAAUGAUGAACAAGCUUUCUGUUGGAGAUAAAACAGCUUCUAGUAGAUUGAACCACUGGGUGGAUCCGUCUUUCACUGAUCUGGCAGCAGAAAGCUUUUCUCUGCCUGGAAGGUGUAAGGUUUCGUGCUCCAAGGCUGAGCCCAAGAGGGCGAGGAAGAGGAAAGGAGAGGACAGCAAGCGGGACCCUGUCACAACUUACCUGCUGAAAGAGCCAGCCCAGAGGAACCAGUAUGAGCCCUGGGUGAACAGAUAUAUGCCCUGUUCACAGGCUGAGCUAGCUGUCCACAAGAAGAAAAUCGAGGAAGUCGACAACUGGAUAAGAGUCCACACAAACUCGUCAAAGGGUGGUAUCUUACUGCUUACGGGACCAUCUGGCUGUGGAAAGACUACAACAGUCCAGGUUUUGUCUCGGGAGCUGGGCUUCAGGAUUCAGGAGUGGAUCAACCCCACCAACCUGGAGCCAUACAGCAGCAUUCAGGAUGAAUGGAGAAUGAAUGGAUUCCCCUGCAGCUCCCAGUCAGCCCAGUUUCAGGAGUUCCUCCUCAGAGCCAACAAGUACAGCUGCCUGCGAAUGAAGAAUGAUGAUGGAGCGACAGAAAAAAAGCUCAUACUGGUGGAGGAUUUCCCAAACCAUUUCUACAGGCAGCCUGGCAGCCUGCACGAUAACCUGAGGCACUUUGUGAAGACCACUCGAAGUCCCUUGGUGUUCAUAGUGUCAGACAGUCAGAGUGGAGACCGCAGCUCACGCUUUCUUUUUCCCAGAGAGAUCCAGGAGGAGCUGGACAUCAGCACCAUCAGUUUUAAUCCAGUUGCUCCAACCAUGAUGAUUAAAGUCCUGACCCGCAUUUCAACACUGGAAGCAGCAAAGAGCUGCGGAAGAAUGAGUGUACCAGAAAAGGGUGUGUUGGAGAUGCUCUGUAUGGGAAGCUCAGGAGAUAUUCGCAGUGCAAUCAACAGCCUGCAGUUUUCUUCCCUCCCAGACACAUCCUUGGAAAAGGAGCUGUGGAGGAUGAAAAAGGACAGGCCUGUGAUUUCAAUGAGCAAAGUUGUUUCCAGAACAAACAAGAGGAAGAACAAGUCCAAACAAACAAAGGAGCAGGAAGAGGAACAGGCUAUUGGAGUUAAAGAUGCUUCUUUGUUCUUGUUUAGAGCACUGGGAAAGAUCCUGCACUGCAAACGGGGGGACCAUGAAGCAGCUGAAGUUGCCCCUGCACCUGCUCUAUCAUCUCAACUUUCACAUCACCACAGAAAAACAUUAUUAGUAGACCCUGAGUUGGUUGUUGAACGUUCACACAUGUCUGGCGAGUUCUUCAACUUGUACCUCCACCAGAACUACCUGGACUUCUUUUCUGAGGUGGAAGAUGUGGCCCGAGCCAGCGAGUAUCUAUCUGAUGCUGACCUCCUCACUUCUGAUUGGACGAGCCGAAGCACCAUGGAGGAUUAUGGGUCUUCAGUGGCCACCAGAGGUCUUCUUCACUCCAACUCUCAACACGUUUCUGUUGGAUUUAGACCACUUCACAAACCCAGCUGGCUGCUAGUCAGCAAGAAGCACCGGGAGAACUGCCUGGCUGCUCAUUCCCUGUUCAGGAGCUUCUGUCUGACACCAGUCAGCCUGCAGACGGAGCUGCUGCCAUACCUGGCCAAACUCACCAGUCCUAUGAGGAACCAAGCUCAGAUAGCAUUUAUCCAGGACGUGGGUCAGAUGUCACUGAGGAGCUUCUCUAUCAGAUUAAAACUGGAGGCUCUGACAGAUAAAGAGCCAGGACAGCUGGAAACAGAUGGUGAGGAGGAGCAGGAGGAAAAAGAGGUAGUCCAUGGUGGAACUGAGGAUGGUUUGCCAGCCAGUCAGCCUCAACCUACUACAAGUCAAGUUCUUUUGGAGGAGGAGGGCUUGAACAUCGAGGAAUAUGACAGUGACUGACACAGACAGCUCCACCAUACAUCCACUGUCAUACUGUGACACAAUUUCACUUUUCCUUUGUCCAGUUUGUAUUUUUUAGUAAGUGUUUAGCCUGGAGGAAGUUAAGGCCACGUGAAAUAAUACUAUGAGUACAUAUGAGAUGUGAUGUAAUAUGUUCAAAAUAAGUUUCCAAACGGGAUCGUUGUCUUGUAAAGUCUGAAUUGAAUGGGAUCCUGUAUCUUGUCACAUAUUGAAAUCAUACAGAUUAAGUAUAAUAAUCUUCCAAAGUGACCUUUACCAGUUCAGUUCUAGCAGCUAAAAAAUCAUCAGUAUUUAUUAGUUCUAAGUGUGCGUUCAGCAUUUGUUGUUUUUGUAAAUUGCAUCUUUUUGUUUUGAUGAGUGAUUGUUGAGCCUGGAGCAUUCUGUCCAGGCUCAAACCCCAGCUGAAACUGAAAUCCUUGUUUCACUUUUUCUUGAUGGUGGAAAAUAAGAAAUAUUACAAUAAUGCUUAUUGAGGGAUAUAUUGUUUGAAUCUCAAUAAGACUGUGAAUAAAAACAAUGUUCGAGAAGCUUA